AUUUCUUUCUUUCUCUUUAAGCUGAUUUUGACAUCUAGAUAUUCGCAGCUUGGUAUCAGCUGUUUGUUUCUGCAUCUUGAGAAAGUUACAUAACCUUCAUUGUGAACUGACCCAUAGACGUUCUGAGUAAAUCGAAAGUUAGGGGAUCAGACCUGAGGCUGCCAUGGAGAUGCAGGAUAUCCCCAAAGAGAGCCCAAAAAGCAACGAAGAGGAGGGAGCAGGUGAGCCGAUGCUGAAGGUGGUAACUGAAGAGGAAGCAGAACCAGACCAUUACGAAGAACUGCAAAGUCCAUCGGAGGAUGUCUACGUAGAAGCAGAAGCCUUUCAUCCGACAGUCAAAUCAAGAACAGGCAAACAGGAUGAAGGAAAACCAGGACUGUACCGGGUGCUGUGUUUAAUCCUCACAAUAAUCUGCUUCAUCCUUCUCAUUCUGGUUUUUGUCCUCGGUGUGAAACUCCGAGCUGGAUCCACUGUCUGCCCAGGAAACGACAGAUCCGGAGACCAACAAAGUCCAACAUGCAGCUUGGAGGACUGUCAGAGCUACUACCCAAACAAUCAUUUCAACAGACUUCCCUGCCGGCAGUGCGCCAGCGGCUGGCUCACCUUUGGCAAAUCCUGUUUCUUCCUGUCCACCACCAGACUGACCUGGUCAGAGAGUCAGAAGAACUGCAGCUCCAGUGGAGGAUCUCUGGCUAUUGUUUCCAGCCAGACUGUUCAGAACUUCCUGACAAAGAAAGGGGAUCUGAAAUAUUGGAUUGGACUGAGACAUGAAGACUCCACAUGGAACUGGGUCAACAGAAGAAAGCUGCAGCAGAGCUACUGGACUGAAGCUGCACACAGUGGAGACUGUGCCUAUCUGAACAGUGACGGCCCGGCUGAGAAGAACUGGGACAGAGCUUCCUGUCAGUCCACCACCUACUUCAUCUGUCAGCUGCAGUUCUGAUGGAAACUGUCUCAUCAACAAUCGUCUCCAUAGCAACACAAGCAACAGCUUGUUCUCAUGUUACACUCCAAUCGUAUCCAAGCUUCUUAGAUAAAAAAAUAUAUUACAUUUGUGGACUAAAUUAAAUGUAUGCCAUCAAAUUCUACUUACUGCUGCAUCGUGUAAAUCAGUGGUUUAGCUUUUAAAAAUCUAUUUGCUGGGUUUACGUCUAGAAAAAAAAA